GAACAGUUGGGCGUUUCGCCAUCGGACAAGCGUCACACGGGAGACAUGGGGAUGCUGACCGGCGUGUUCGCCAUCCUCGGCAUGAUUGCAUAUGCCCGGGGGUCCAUAUUCUCUGUUGGACACGUUUCUUACGUCGGGCGAGGAGGAAAGAUUCGGUUCGAGAACGUGUUGAGCGAUGACGACAACAGUUGGAAUUACUUCAGGGGUCACUUUAAAUGCAAGGAUCCCGGCUACUACUACAUCUCCUUCCACGGACUGUCGAGAAGAAAUGAUGCCCUUACGCUGAAUCUCCAUCACAAUUUCAACGAGGCUCUAGCUGGCUUUGGGGACGGCUCCGGGUACAACACUGCAAGCAACUCCGCGAUCCUCUACUUGGCCAGGGGAGACACCAUAUCGCUACACAUUGUUGAAGGUAACAUUCAUGAAUCGGGUCAGCCCAACCGCAAUUAUGCCACCUUGUCUGGCUACAAGAUCGGCGGUGGUGCUCCUCCUCCGCCCUUCAGCCCCUCUGGUGGGCAGGGCGGAGGCGGCCCCACAUCCACUUUCGGAGGCGCUCCUGGAGGCAGCUUCGCAGCCUCUCCCGGAGGCGGCCAGGAAGGACAAAACGAGGACGACUUCAAGCCUCUGACGCCGGAUGCCGGGGGACCCUAAUUGGAGAGCAUCACCAUCGCCCUGGCUUGGUUAACCUGCGAGGUGUUCGCCCUGGUUUUGGUCCUUGCAUCUACAAGAUGAUUGAAACACAUGAUUUGCCACAGUCCCCUGGGAUUUUGUACGUAGGUCGCUUUUCACAUUGAAGUCACGUUUUUGCUUGAUUUUAAGCUUUCGCUUUGAUGGGUGAGCAACAAUUUAUCCGUGGAAAGUCAUACGAACGAUGUAUGAACGUCGCUGAACUACCAUAAGUAACCAUCACCUGUGAAUUUCAUGACUUAGUUUGCAAUCAGCUACUUCAAAGGUGAAGAAACGUAGCAAGAACAAAAUCUGUUAUGUGACAAGAAAAUAUCAUUUUGCGCAUUGUUUAAACAGAAGCCGUCCGUUGCGUUUUGAGAGCAUUUGCGUCUUAAGUGUAAGUGGUUCUAGAAAGAAUAUAU